AUGAUGAGCAUCUACUCACCCCGAGAUCCUUUCAGUCCAGAUCCCCUCCCCGAAGAACCUCGAAGCAAACGAAGGGUCAAGGCCGAAGAGCGCCCUGAUCGGAAGAAGCGAUGGACGACAAAGGUAAAGACGGGCUGCGCUACAUGCCGGUAUGUUCCCACGCGGUUCAUUCAUAACGUCCGCAAAUGUUUUACUAACGCCGUCGUUCUUCCCUCGACACACAGUGCCCGUCGGAUCAAGUGUGACGAAGGAAAGCCCGUCUGCCGUCGAUGCGUCUUCUCCAAGCGCCAAUGCGGCGGCUACAUGGACCAGCCGCCGCCUCAGUACGCCUCCACCGCCAACUCGUGCUGCUCCUCGCCCGCGUCGUCCUCAAGUGUUUGCGUCGCUCCCCCGCAGCAGCCGCCCGGACCCGGCCUCGGCCCCAUCCACCACGACGCCAGCGCCCUCGAGCAGCAAAUGUUUUACCUGUUCCGCACGCAGACCGUCCUGCAGGUCGGCUGCGUCCUCGACAUGCCCUUCUGGCUUGUCGACGUCCCGCAGGCCGCCCAGGCCCACCGCCCGCUCUGGCACGCCGCCGUCGCUCUCGCCGCCCUGGCCACGUCGUCCAGCCACCACGCCUUCAACGACACCGCCGCCGCCGCCACCGCUGCCGUGUCUGCGUUCUCCGACACGACGACGCCGGUCGGGGUCGACGGCCUCACGGCGUUUGUCAUGCGCCAUUACCAUGCCGCCAUCCGCGAGCUCAUCCCGUUGAGCAACCCGAGCGGCGAUGCGCCGACCUUUGGGAACCAGCAGGUCCUCCUCAUGACGAACGUCCUCCUCCUCGGCCUUGCCAGCAUGCAGGGCAACCAGCGCGAUGCGGCCAUGUUUGCGCGGCACAGCCUCAGUCUCUUCAACGCCUGGCGGUUUUGGCAGCGGCAGGACGACUGGAAGACGUCCUCGCAGGGCGCCAUGCUCUCGGUCGCGCCGCUGACGGCGCUCAUGUAUCGCCUGCAAAGCCAAGAGGUUGCUGAUCGCCUCGAGCGGCCCGCUUGGCUGCUGUCCGAAUUUGACCAGUUCACGAGGCUCCCGUCCGCGACCCCGUUCGUGUCGCAAACGGAGGCGUACCGAGAGCUGCAGCCUAUGCUUGCCGGGUUGACCCUGGUUGCCAAGGAGCGCCAGCUCAGACCAUACACCGAUUUCAUGCUCCCCGCUCCCGACGCCUGUCUCACCUUUCGCUACGCAUUUACCGCGUGGAGGGCCAAGUAUGACCACUUUUGCGACUCCCAGCCGCCCAUGGCGGAAGAUGGGCUGGAAUCAAUGAUCUUGGGCUUGCUCAAGGCCACAGUUGAGCACGCUCUGUAUCUAUCAGACGACUACAGGGCGUUGCUACCGCUGCAUCACCGCAUGGUUGACACUGCGGAGAGAAUCCUAAUGGCUUUGACUCCCACGGCGGCGUUCGAUCCUCAUAUCGCUAGCGGAAGUCCAGGGGCUUCCUCACCAACCUCGCCCGAUCCCAUGUCUGAGUGGUCGACCAUGCCGACGUCAACCUCGCCGCCUCUGCCCGAACAGCCACGCAUCACCAAGGUGCUCCCGUAUUGUUUCGGACCGGUCGUGCUCGAGCCUCUCUUCAUCGUCGCGAUUGACUGCGUCGACUACGGCUUGCGCCGCCGCGCGAUUUCGAUCCUACGAAGAUGGCCUCGUGCGGAAGGCGUCUGGUCCAGCGUCAUCAUGGCUGCCUUUGCCGAGGCUCUCGCGACGGUCCCGGAUGCGAUUGAUGGUGGGCUUGAGGUGCUGGAGAACGGGCUGGGGAAGAUGCAGCUGCGCAGCGUGACUGAUACGAGCGAGAAUUGGCCAGGCCGAGCGGUUCUUGUGACAUGGUGA